CGACGCUCUCACGCUUCACAUCAUCGCGAAGAGCUGAGCAAGCAUAUAAUCACUGUUAUCCUUGCCUCAUCACUGUCUCAGUCACGAUGCCGUCGCUUGUCGCCCUCUAUCCCCCCCUCCUUCUUCUCUACAUCCCCAGCUACCUGCUGCACCUGUACCGCGUCCUAUUACCCCUCCGGCCCGCUCCCGAUGUGACUCUGGUGCGCCUUCACGGAAAGCUCAGAGAGGCAAACAUUGCCCACCCAGACAGCGAGAUGACCGUGGAGCGCGGUGUCUCCCUGGAGCGCAUCGCCCCCGGCGAUCUGCCCUACUGCGAGGACGUGGUCGUCUGGGGAGAAGGCGAGGAUCGUGUUGCCAUCUUCUCAUGCGAUCCCUCGCGUGACGUGUACAAUCCGUUUGCGGCCGAGGGAGACCCCGCCAAGGCCCAGCCGGGACGCCUCGUCGCUUACCCCUUGGGCGACGGGCGUGCUGAGGCAUACGACAUUGUCCACGACUUUGCGAGCGAGCUGCACCCCCUCGGCGUUGGGGUUCACCGCACCCAGCCCAUUCUUGCAGUUGCGAACCUUAAUACUACACGCCCCUCGGUAGAGAUCUUCCGCCUUACGGCUGUGGCCGGCAAGCUGCGCGGGCAGCACCUCCGCACGCUUGCCCAUCCCUCCCUCUCCACCCCCAACGCUGUCGUUCCGCUCUCCGAAGACACCGUGCUCGUCACCAACAGCUUCCGUUACAGCGCGCAAUACUCGAAGAUCCUUAACACGCUCGAAACGUUCCUCGCUGUGCCCGGUGGCAUGGUCCUCUGUCUCACGGCCACCGACAGUGAAGAUGCGAAGUGCGAGGUGCUGGCGCGUGGCAUUGCCCUCGCCAACGGCCUUGCGCUUAGUGACGAUGGCAGUGUGCUCGCCGUAGCGGGGUGUCUCACGGCCAAUAUCCACAUCUACAACGUGUACCCUGCACUGCUGCCCGACGCGCACGACGUGUCGAUGGCGGGGCGCCUCAGCUAUCGGGAGUCUAUCCCCGCGGGCUUCAUGGUGGACAACCUCCGGUUUGUGCGCACCGACACACACCACGUAUUCCUUGCGUGCGGCCAUCCCUCGGGACUCGACUUCACCAAGUGUGCCAAGAGCCACGGCGCUCAGCUGAGUGGCACGCGUGCCGCGGCUGUGCGUGUGCCCAAGGUCGGGAAGAAGGGCUGGUUGAAUGCGAUGUUCACGCGCGUUGACGAUCGCAUCACGCCAGUGUUUGAGGACGGCGGCCGCAUCCUUGGGUCUGGCGCGACGGCGUGUUCGGACGGAUCGGGUGGCCUCAUCGUGACGGGGCUCUUCGACAAGCGCGGACCGAUUCGCUGCGCCAGCAUCGAGCUGUGAGGUCGUGGCUGCUGAGCAGCGCUGGUAGACAGCCAGGCAUGACGUAGAGCACAUGCUGUAUUCAGUCUGUAUCAUGCAUGAGUUUCACCACAAGGCCAACUCGUGCUUCGAGAACAGGCAAUGCAUAUGCAGUCUAAUG